ACACUAGCUCAGCACCAGUCUCGACCCGUUUCCCCCUCAUCCAUCUCCGAAGUCAGCUCGCAAUUCUUUAUGUCUUCCACCGAAUCAGAGAAAAAACUGGUCCAAGGCGCAGUGAACAGCUGGAAGCCAGUACUCGAGACCGAUGCAGCUCGCGAUUAUGGCGCAGGUCCUACACUGCCAGACUACUUCACA